AUGGAUCAUCCAAUCACAUUCAGGGGAGAGUUCGCAGGUGAUCAAAGGGUCCAGGUAGAAAGAGCAGGGUCACCUGUACCCAGCUGUCUGUCUAUGAAGAGUGAUCGUUCAAUGGAUCAUCCAGUCACAUUCAGGGGAGAGUUCGCAGUUGAUCAAAGGAUACUGCAGUCUCUCCAGUCCUGCUCUUUAGAGGAGAACAGUUCUGAGAAAUUAUCUUUCACAAGACAGUCUCUCCUAUGCACUUUGAUGAAGCUGAAGAAGGAUGAGAAGUUGAAACUGUUUCAGAGCCAUCUGAGUCAGGAUUGCCCAGAAUGCUUUGAGAUUCUGUCUGAAGAUCCUUCUGUACUGGUUAAGUUAAUGAAGAUGAAGGAAUUGUUCAAAAGUCAUCGAAUUGAAGAUUACCCAGAAUGCAUUGCGAGAGAGCAGAAGGAUCCUGAGACCCUGUACAUAGUUGAGAAGUUGCUGGAGACCUGUGGCAGUGAGAGGUCUCUGAAGAUCACACUCCACAUCCUGAGGAACAUGAAGCAGAAGGAUCUUGCUGACUCACUGGAGAGAGAUGAGGAGCGCAAUGGAUCCAUAAAAAUAGCCCAGAAGGCACUUAAAUCUCAUCUGAAGAGGAAGUUUGAAUGCAUAUUUGAAGGUUUAGCAAAGCAGAGCGACCCAACCCUCCUCAAUGAGAUCUAUACAGAGCUCUACAUCACAGAGGGGGGAAGUGGGGGGGUCAAUAAUGAACACGAGGUCAGACAGAUUGAGACAGCAUCCAAGAGACAAACCACACAGGAGACUGCAAUACUCUGCAAUAACAUCUUUAAGCCUUUACCUGGACAAAAGAAACCCAUCAGAACUGUGCUUACAAAGGGCAUCGCUGGCAUUGGGAAAACUGUCUCUGUGCAGAAGUUCAUUCUGGACUGGGCAGAAGGAAAAGCCAAUCAGGACAUUGAUUUCAUCUUCACUUUUCCUUUCCGAGAUCUGAAUUUGAAGAAGGAAAGAGCAUUCAGUCUGAUGCAACUUCUGCAGCACUACUUUCCACAACUGAAAGAGAGCCAACGUGUUGAAGGUGAUGAGGUCAAAGUGGUGUUUAUCUUUGAUGGUCUGGAUGAGUGUCGACUUCCUCUAAAUUUCCAAGGUAAUGAGAUCUGCUAUGAUAUAACCAAAUCAUCAUCAGUGGAUGUGCUGCUGACCAACCUCAUUAAGGGGAAUCUGCUUCCCUCUGCUCUCCUCUGGAUCAUCUCCCGACCAGCAGCAGCCAAUCAGAUCCCUCCUAAGUGUGUCCACCGAGUGACAGAGGUACGUGGGUUCAAUGACCCACAGAAGGAGGGGUACUUCAGGAAGAGAAUCAGAGAUCAGAACCAGGCCAGCAGAAUUAUCUCACACAUAAAGUCAUCCAGGAGUCUCUACAUCAUGUGUCACAUACCUGUCUUCUGCUGGAUUUCUGCUACUGUUCUGGAGACAAUGUUGGGUGAAACAGAGAGUGGAGAUCUGCCCAAAACUCUGACUGAAAUGUACACACACUUCCUGCUCAUUCAGACUAAUGUGAAGAAUCAGAAGUACCAUGGCACUGAUGAGACAGACUCAAAGAAGAUGUCAGCAGCAGAUACAGAAAUCAUCCUGAAACUGGGGCAGCUGGCUUUUCUACAGCUGGAAAAGGGCAAUCUGAUAUUCUAUGAAGAGGACCUGAGAGAGAGUGGCAUUGAUGUCAGUGAAGCUUCAGUGUACUCUGGGGUGUGCACAGAGAUCUUUAAAGAGGAGUGUGGGUUGUAUCAGGAGAAGGUCUACUACUUUGUGCAUCUGAGCAUUCAGGAGUAUCUGGCUGCCUUGUUUGUGUUUCAUUCAUGUGUAAAUGAGAACAGAAAUGUACUCAGUGCAGAAGAAUCAGAACCUCACAGUGGCAGAGUGCAGCUGUCUGAGUUACACAGGACUGCAGUGGAUCAGGCCUUAGAGAGUAAGAAUGGACACCUGGACCUUUUCCUCCGAUUCCUUCUUAGCCUCUCUCUGGACUCCAGUCAGAUUCUCUUCGGAGGACUACUGACACAGACAGGAAGCAGAUCACCUGUACCAGACCUACAGACACAGACAGAAAGCAGAUCACAGAGCAUUAAUAAAACAGUCCAGUACAUUAAGGAGAGGAUCAGAAAGGAAUCUUCAGCAGAGAGGACCAUCAAUCUGUUCCACUGUCUCAGUGAACUGAAUGACAACUCUCUAGUGGAGGUCAUCCAGAAUUCCCUGAGAUCAGGAAGACUUUCUGAUAAGGAGCUGGAACCACACCAGUGCUCAGCUCUGGCCUUUGUGUUACUGAUGUCAGAGGAGGUCCUGGAUGAGUUUGACUUGAAGACCUACAACACAUCAGCAGUGUGUGAUGAGAGACUGGUACCAGUAGUCAGGAACUGCAGGAAGGCCAUACUGAACAGCUGUGACCUCACAGAGGAGUCCUGUGAUAUUGUGGCCUCAGCUCUCCAGUCGUCAAACUCAACCCUGAGAGAUCUGGACCUCAGCUACAAUAACCUGGGAGAUUCAGGAGUGAAGCUGCUCUGUGCUGGACUGAUGAGUCCAAACUGUAAACUACAGAGACUGGGACUGAACAGCUGUGGCUUCGCAGAUGAGUCCUGCAAUAUUGUGGCCUCAGCUCUCCAGUCAUCAAACUCACCCCUGAGAGAUCUGGUCAUCAACUGCACUUACAUGAGAGAUUCAGGAGUGAAGCUGCUCUGUGCUGGACUGAUGAGUCCAAACUGUAAACUACAGAGACUGGGGCUGGGAUGGUGUAAUCUCACAGAGGGCUGCUGUGAUGUUCUGGCCUCAGUUCUGCGUUCUCCUCACUCAGAACUGAGAGAUCUGGAGCUCAGAGACAACGAGCUGCAGGAUUCAGGAGUGACAGCACUCUCUGCUGGACUGGAGGAUCCACACUGUAAACUGCAGAGACUGGGGCUGUCAGGCUGUAGAGUCACACAGAGAGGCUGUGAUUCUCUGGCUUCAGCUCUGUGUUCAAACCCCUCACACCUGAGAGAGCUGGACCUCAGCUACAAUCACCCAGGAGACUCAGGAGUGAGAGCGCUGUCUGCUGCUAAACUGGACACACUCACACUGCUAGAGAAACUUGUGGACCAUGGAGGAGAGAACAGGACCAAACCAGGACUCUGGAAAUACGGCUGUCAGCUCACACUGGAUCCAAACACAGCGCACAGAGCGCUGUCUCUGUCUGAGGGGAACAGGAGGGUGACACACACACCGGGAAGAGAGCAGCCAUAUCCUGAUCAUCCAGAGAGAUUUGAGCACUGGGAGCAGGUUAUGUGCAGAGAGAGUGUGUGUGAGCGCUGUUACUGGGAGGCUGAGUUCACUCUGCCUGAGCAGGGGGAGAGAUGGACCACCAGGACGGCCGAGCCCAUCGACACCGGCGGCCGCUAG